AUCCUGGGUAGUCAAGGAAGCCACACUUACAAGUGAGUUAAAUUUGGCCUUAAAAUGAAAUCUCCACGGUUCAAGAUUACAAUAGCUGUUAUAACCACAACCUUUGUGCUCGUCCUUGCUGCUGCCAUUUCGGCCAUUGUAAUUGUUGUAGUAUUAGCUAAGCAAACUCCAGCAUCAAGUUCUAACAACCUUCGCUAUUUUAGUGGCUCAUUAAGGAUUCUUAACUUUAACUACAGCGAUGAAUAUCAAACAGCCACUAGCAAUGGAUUUAGGCAAAUGGCAACUAAAAUCGAAGUAGUUCUUAAUUCAGCAUAUGAAGAUUCAGAGUUUAGGAACCAGUUCAACAGGUCACAGAUCAUCAGCCUUAGUCCUGGGAGUGUAAUACCAGUAUUUGUACUAUCAUUUAAUGUUGCCAACAAUGGGAGCAGUACCUCAUCUGUCCAAAAGAUAUUCGUAGAAAAUAUGGCAAAUACUUCAAAAACCGGCUUUGAUGUUGACCAGAGCUCCCUCCGUUUAUCAGAAAUUUCCACUUCAGAUGCAGAGAAUCUCCUUUACAGUGUUAAAAGCACAACAGCAGCUUACACAACCAUUCAGACCACUGCUGCAGACUUUACAGCUUGUGGAAUUGGAGGUCCUUCAGGGUCAAACAGAAUAGUGGGCGGAACUAAUGCAGCUCUGGGUUCAUGGCCUUGGCAAGCAAGUCUGCGUUUAAAUGGUAAUCAUAGGUGUGGAGCUUCUUUAAUCAACGAUACCUGGCUGGUAACUGCAGCUCAUUGUUUUGAUAUGAAUGCAAACGUGAAUUCAUGGACAGUAGCUUUGGGAGCAAUAAAUUUACCCUCUGGUUCUGAGUUUAAGAUCGAGAAAAUUAUCAUCUAUGAAGGUUAUACCAGUGAAACCCACAGGAAUGAUAUUGCACUCCUUAAAUUGUUCACUCCACUGAACUUUACAAGAACUAUUCGACCAGUGUGCCUAGCAGAAGCAUCUGAUAUCUUUUCUGAUGGCUCAUCAUGUUACAUCACUGGAUGGGGAGCACUUACAGAAGGAGGUUCAGUAUCCCAAGCGCUACAGCAGGCUGAAGUGAAGAUAAUUAAUUCAGGCUUGUGCAGCAGUUCUCAGAUGUAUGAGAAUUUAAUAGAUCAGUCAAUGAUAUGUGCUGGUUAUACAACAGGACACAUUGACUCCUGUCAGGGAGAUUCUGGUGGGCCCUUAGUUGCCCUGAAAUCUGGCAGAUGGGUCCUUAUUGGGAUUGUGAGCUUUGGAUAUGGAUGUGCUAGACCAGACAAACCGGGAGUAUAUUCUAGAAUAACUUAUUUGCGCAACUGGAUAAAAAAGCACUCUGCCUUGUAAUACUGUAUAAUUCUCUUGGUCAAUUACAAAUCAGAUUAAUGUAUAUGCAGUACAGUAUAUCGGCAUAGCAGAUGUGGUGGUUUAUUAAAAGAUGAAAUUUUAAAGGACCAGUAACCCUACCAAAUUAAAAUUUGUUUUCCAUGUCAGUUUUCCCUCAACUAGAACUAGAGAAAUAAAAUCUGAUUUUCAUAAGAGUAGUUAUCUUUGUAACUUAAAGCAUCUUAUAUGUAAUUGAUAAGAGCUGCUGAAAUCAACCACUCUUGGAAUGGAUGUUCUUUUUAAUACAUAUCUUUUGUUGACACCUAGCCUAUUCAAGGUCAUAUUCUUUUGUUCAAAUCAUAAUCUAGCCCACUCACAGGUUGUAUACUGUAUAAUCUUUGCAUCACUUGAAAAUAUUUGGGCCAUGUCAUGAAGCAUAAUCUACAUUUAUGACUUGUUAAAUAAGAGUAAUUCAUACAUUCUAGGAAUGAUGCAGCUGCACAUUUUAUAUAAUAUACUUAUGGUGCAUUUUUUUACUGGUGUUCAUAUGGUUGCACUGAUAUUAUAGGGUUUACACAAGUGAUUCUUUAGCAUAGCAGACUGCAAUUCAUAUUAAUAUCAUUUGAAAUGUCAGUCUUGUACUCUGAAAGACCAGUGAACAUUUUAAACAUUUCAAAGCUGCUUCUAUAUUUAAAGAAGGCAGUGUUCCAUGGCCAGUUCUGUGGCAUUCUCUUAUAACAACACAGCAUAAUUAAAUUGUAUAUAUUUGCACGUUUCAGGAAGCCCUUUCUUUUGUACAGUUUGUAAUGUGUGCAGAUUAAAUUUCCUGUUAUACAGGAUUAUUUUAAAACUCAUUUUUUUAAGUCCCGUAUUUGCAUUGUGACGUUGCUAAGGCUGUGAAACAGGAAUGUGUAAGUCUGUGGAUCUACAGCUAUUGUUGCACUACUACUACUACUUCAAAUGCCUUUGGAGACUUCCUUCCUUGUAAUAUACAGUCGUCUUUUUUUACAUUUCUCAAAGAGCUGCACCCUGUAUUUCACUUUUUGUUAACAUUUCUUGAGUUAAACAAUAUACAAAUUGGGGUUAUCCCAAUACAUGGCUUCCAGCAUUAUUAGAUGCUAAUGUUUGUAGCUAAUUAUUGCUUUUUUUUUUUUAAUAAUGAAUUGUCUUCUAUUUUGUUUUCCUCGUUUUUUUUUCUACAAUGAAGGAACAAACGUAUAUGACACAAACAAAACCAUUUCAUAUUUGAUCAAAUAAAAUAAGAAAUUA